AUGGAUUAUCUAAACUUCUCAGACUACAGCAUGCAUGAUCUCUCAGACAUACACUUUUGCUACAGCUCCACAAAUGGAUCUUGUCGGAGAAUCGUGAGACCUCUCAACGUCCAGAUUUUUAUGUUCCUCACAAUGGCAAUCACCAUCCUGGUCACCCUUACAGGGAAUCUACUAGUCAUAGUUUCCAUAGCCCACUUCAAGCAGCUCCACACGCCGACCAACCACCUCAUCCUCUCUCUGGCAAUGUGUGACUUUCUGCUGGGCAUAUUCGUCAUGCCUCUGAGCACAGUGCGUUCGGUGCAUGGCUGCUGGUACCUUGAAGACCUCAUGUGCAAGCUGCAUACAGGCAUGGACAUCAUGCUUAGCACGGCUUCCAUCUUUCACCUCAUGUGUGUGUCAACAGAGCGCUUUUGUGCCGUGUGCAGUCCUCUGACGUACCGUUCACGCGUUCGCUCCGCCACCGUCUUGUGCAUGGUCUCUGCUAGCUGGGUCAUCUCAACUGUGUUUGCCUACACCAUGGUCUUUAGCGAACUCAAUUUCAAAGGUGCUGAGGCCUUCUACAAUUCCAACGUGCGCUGUGUGGGCGGCUGCCACGUGUUCUUUAGCCGCGGUUCGGCCGUGGUCACUUCUAUGGUCUCUUUUUUUAUCCCGGGUCUGAUCAUGUUCGGUAUUUACUCCAGAAUCUACGUUGUCGCCAGAGGGCAAGCAAGGUCCAUUGACUUUCUUACCAAUCAGCUGAGGACGGCCAGCAACAGGCCAGGAGAGUUCAGGUACCGCACACGGAAGGGCACAAUGACUCUUGCAGUUGUGGUUGGAGUUUUCCUUAUCUGUUGGACCCCCUUUUUCCUCUGCAAUAUCAUAGACCCUUUUAUUGACUUUACCAUACCACCAUCUUUAAUAGAUGCCCUGGUUUGGUUUGGAUAUUUGAACUCUGCUCUAAAUCCCUUUAUUUAUGCGUUUCUGUAUCCUUGGUUCAGAAAAGCUUUGAGGAUCAUUGUAAGUGGGGAGGUUUUUCGAAGAAAUAGUUGCAGAAUACAGCUGUAUUCAUAAUCAGUAGAGAGAUGCUACAGGGCUUGUACACUGUUUGCAUGAGCAAAAGUUGAGCUUGGGCUAUACUGGAAUCACCAGAAAAUAUUUUUGUGUAGUAAGUCUGCAGGGAAGCAAUAGCAAUAUCAUUUUGUGAUACUGUUAGAAUUAGAUCAAUUACGUUUGUUAUUAAUCACAUAUGUAUUAUUUUGUAGCAUAUAUAAAUAUACAUAUAU